CCAUGAAAUCGAGUGCUGUACACAAUCAGUGUGCUCUCAUCUUCCAACAAAAUCAACUCAAAACCCCUUGUGAACAGAUUACUAUAUAAUAUUCAAACAAAUAAUCAAAAUAAAAAUAGCUACGUAAUUGUUUCGUCUUUAUCGCUUCCUGAUUUUCAUACUGGCAGGAUUUGGUCAUUUGGGUUUCUGUGGUAAGUGAUCAGUGAGGAAUUUAUCAUUGGAUUUUUGUCGAAUGGAUGAAUUAGUCGGACCUCGCUUGUACAGCUGCUAUAAAUGUCGAAACAAUGUCUCUCUCCACGAUGAUAUAAUCUCUAAGGCGUUUCAGGGAAGGCAUGGCAGAGCUUUUCUGUUUACUCAUGUGAUGAAUAUUGUCAUUGGGGCUAAAGAAGACAGAACUCUCACGACUGGUCUUCAUACUGUUGCUGAUGUACUCUGUGGGGAUUGCAAUGAGGUUUUGGGCUGGAAAUAUGAACGAGCUUAUGAGCCAACGCAGAAGUACAAGGAAGGGAAAUUCAUACUCGAGAAAUCUAAAAUCGUUAAAGAGAAUUGGUAGUCCAACGCCAAUUUCAUUAUUGAUUCUUUAUCUUAAUACUUAAUGUAAGUAAUGUUUAUCCUAUCUAUAAUAUCACUCAUUGUACAGAACACGCUGAACUGAAAAAUUACAAAUGCUCAAUUGAAGAUUUCUACUUUCUGUUGU